AUGCUUUAUCAUCUAUCUGUGUUCAAUAUUCAAUACAUUCAAUGUACAACAACAGUCAAUGAUCUGCUAAUUUAUCCUAAUCGACAUAAAAAAUUAUUUAAAAUAAUACAUUAUUUAAUAAGACAAUGUGCACCAUAUUGUUUAAAUUAUGGUAGAUUAGAAAAACCUGAUAUGCCAUGGAAAAAAUGUUAUUGUAUAUGCCCUGAUGGUUAUUAUGGUGUUGCAUGUGAAUUUAAUCGAAUUCAUGAAGAAAUCGAUAUUGAUCAGAAUAGUAAUAAUAAUAAUAAUAAUCAUGAAGAUUUAACAUCUGAUCUGCAUAAUUUCAAAUCAAAUACCCUACCAAUUUCACAUCGUCGUGCAUCUACAUCAUCUUUUGUCACCGCUCAUUCAAUAAAUAAUAAUCAAGAAACUGAUGAUAGACAAUUGAUUUUUGUAAAGUAAAGUAACUUAUAUUGAUUCGAAUGUGUUUGUUUUGUUUUUUUAUUUAUUGAACAAUGAAUGAUAAACUGAGGUGUUUUUCUUUUUCAAAUGU